AAAAAGGGGCCUCACCUCUGACAAAAAAUUGUCGACUCUUCUCUUUCGAGUAAACCAAAAGGAAAUAACCUAACAAGCAGCUUCGAGGAAGGAUCACACGUUCACAUUCACCAGGCUCCGCAACUGUUCGACCCGCCCCGAACUGACCCGCCCGUAUUCAUUCGGUCCUUCCUUUUAUUCGAGGCCUAUUUGAAAAAUCCUGGAGCUUCAUUUUCACGAAGAAAUUCGCCAUUGCCAGAGCUGAUUGACCUGCAAUUCAACUGCCCACAUCAAUUUUCACGCCAUCGGUUCUAGAAGGUCAGUUCAGUUCCGGAAUCAAAACCCUAGUAUUGUAUGUUAUUAACCCUAGGGUUGGGAUUUUAUCGGCUCUGUAUAUAGGGUAUGUGAAAUUGCAUUUUAUGUGUUAGAUAAUGGCACAAUUUUACACUAGAAGAAGUCCCAGAAUUCGUGGGGUUUUUAAUGGGUUAUGUUCUUUGGCCUUAAUAUUCUUAUUCUACAACCGGGAAUAUAUUUUGAGAAAUCCACGUCUUCAGCAAUCAUCUUCUUCCAUUGAAUGGAUGUCAAAAAGUGGGUUUCAUGCUUGGUCAAGCCCUAUGAGAGUUAUCCAUCGAGGAAUGUUAGAAGUGAACCUUAAUUCUUCAAUUGGUGUAAACGGGUCGGAUCAUGGUGAUUUGUCCAUAGAGAGGCCUGAUGUCUGUAGUGGAUUAUCUGAUCAUAGGGGCUAUGAGAGUAGUUGUGACUUCUUGAAGGCUCACCCAAAGUGCACAACUGGAGGGUUCUUUGAUUACAUAAAAUUCUAUUAUUGUGGUUGCAGUGAAAGUGGAUGGGCUUAUCUAGUAUUUGCUAUCUGGCUCGUUACGCUAUUCUAUCUUCUGGGUAACACUGCUGCAGAUUACUUCUGUUGUUCCUUGGAGAAACUUGCAAGUUUGCUGAAGCUGUCUCCUACCGUAGCGGGCGUUGCUUUGCUCCCCCUUGGAAAUGGUGCUCCUGAUGUCUUUGCCAGUAUUGCUGCUUUUGUAGGGACAGGUGCUGGAGAAGUUGGUCUUAAUAGUGUUCUGGGUGGGGCUGUGUUUGUAACUUGCAUUGUAGUCGGGGCUGUUUCUCUUUGUGUGGCUGAUCAGGAUGCUCAGAUUGAUCGCAAGUGCUUUUUUAGGGAUAUUGUGUUUUUCAUUGCGACUCUUUUCUCACUUUUGUUGAUCCUGAUUGUUGGUCGGAUAAGUGUUUUAGCUGCCGUGGCAUUUUUAUUGAUUUAUGUUGUUUAUGCUUUUGCUGUUGCCGCUAAUGAGAUUUUGAGGAAACAUGCUCGGAGGUUGAAAUUGGAUUCUAUCACGCCAAUGCUUCCAGUAAGAGGAGCUGUAUUUUCUCAAGGAACGGAAGAGGAUUACUCCGUCUAUAGCCCUUUUCUUGAAACUGAGACCGAAAGUGGUGGUUAUCAGUUACAAAGCUCCCUUCCACAGUGGAUGUGGGCUUCGAAUCUGGCAAUAUAUUCAAAUCAGACAAUUAGGGUGUCUGAAAGUGAGUGGCCUGUAUGGGGAUGGAAUGACAAGGACUUUGGAGUUGAGCAAGCAUCAUUCUCCUGGUCCAAGUUAUGGUCGUUACUGGAGAUUCCAAUGACAGUGCCAAGACGAUUAACAAUUCCCCUAGUUGAAGGGGAAACUUGGUCAAAGUUCUAUGCUGUAGCCUGUGCUUCUCUGGCUCCAAUUCUUUUGGUAUUUCUCUGGAGUAGUCAAGACGAUGUGAGUAAUCAUAGCAAACUUAUAGCAUUUGUUAUUGGCGUUUUAGUUGGUUGCACACUUGGUCUUCUUGCAUACAAGCAUACAAGGUCCGAUCAUCCACCUCAGAACUUCUUACUUCCAUGGGCUCUGGGUGGUUUUGUAAUGAGCAUUGUCUGGUUCUACAUGAUUGCCAAUGAGCUUGUAGGUUUGUUGGUUGGAUUAGGCGUGAUUAUGGGGGUAAAUCCUUCAAUCCUUGGGUUAACCGUACUGGCAUGGGGAAACUCAAUGGGCGAUUUGGUUUCAAAUGUUGCCUUGGCAAUGAACGGUGGGGAUAGCGUGCAGAUUGCCGUGUCGGGAUGUUAUGCUGGCCCAAUGUUCAAUAUUCUUAUUGGUUUGGGAAUCUCAAUGUUCCUCGGAGCCUGGUCUGAGAAACCUGGUUCAUACGUGCUUCCGUUAGACAAAAGCUUGUAUUUCACAAUGACUUUCCUUAUGUUGGGACUAGUGUGGGCUCUCAUUGUCCUUCCUAGAAAUGACAUGCGCCCUAACAGACUGCUCGGUGGUGGACUGCUCAUCAUCUAUGUGAUAUUUCUGUCUGUUAGGCUGAGCAGCGCAAUGGGAAUCUUUCCGUUAUCUGGUCUUCACUGACUAGAUUAGCAUGUAUAAAAUGUUCUGAAAUUUCGAGAUUGUGUAACACUAGCUGUUCAACGGAGCCUUGAUGUAUUUAAACGAGUAUCUCAAUGGAAAUCAGGUACGAAUUCCAUGCAAAAGUCAUCAGCCAGCUUAUUCUAUCUACUAUCUGUUAUCUAAAUGAAAAUUUUACUCUUUUGACAUUA